GCAAUCCUGUAUAGGUGGGACAAAAUCCUUUGUUCCUCCGCAGAGGGCCAAACGUUUUAGCCACCCCUCAAGGCUUGGAGUGGACAUUUCCAGGCUCCCUCCGGUGAAAGGGAAUUUGAACGGCUCCUCUCCUAACAGGAGAGUUGGGUGGAGCUCAGGCAUCGCCCCCUACUGGCGGGGUUAGGAUUCAGCCCUGAGGCUGGGAGGUGUUUAUGGGUGACGAAUGCGCCCUGGUGGCUCCGGUGGGGAAGCAAAGUGAAGAAGGAAAACCAGGCGUUCGUGUUUUUGCAUGAGUUGCUUUCAUUUCGUUAGGGAAAGCAGCGUGAAAAAGCCUUGCGGGCAUCGAUCGCCCAUCCUUUGCUAGCUGGGCCUAAUAGUGCCCACACCCACUUUUUUUUUUUUUGCCCUUGGUUAAAAAAAGAAGAAGCUGCCAUCAGCACCUGCUCCGUACUGCAAAUCUUCGGGAAGACGACGAGGAGAAGCAGAUGGGACACCGAAAGAUACCGCCGUGCCUCGCCGAAGGGUCAGCUGCCGACCCUGGCGCCGCCUGAUUUCCCUCCCCCCCCCCCCCGCGGUAAUCACCAGGCCCCCAGCGGGAUAUUGGAGAGAAUUGGAAGAAACUAACAAUAAGGUUUUAUGCACAGACUUCAGACUACUACCUCGAACUGCAGUUGUUUCCUUUUAAGCAAGAAUGGCUUUUGGGCUAGGACUAGGAUCCUUCUGCUUACUCUUGGGGUUUUUAAGAGGGUGUUUCUGUGAACAGUGCAGAGAAGGAGCCAAGUACUCAGAUGCAAUAAUAUCUCCCAAUUUAGAAACAACUAAAAUUAUGGGGGUACCCCAUGCUGUGUCGGUGUCAGACUGCACAGCAGCCUGUUGUGAUCUUUCUGACUGUGACUUAUCUUGGAUGUUUGAAAGGCAUUGCUACCUUGUCAGUUGUCAACAUAAAGGAAACUGUGAGCCCAGGAAAAUGGAGAAAGUGAAGUCCUAUUUGACCUUUGUGCUAAGGCCUGCACAGAGGCCCUCUGCACUGCUGGGGUACGGGCAGAAGCCAUCAAAUGUCAUCCGCUCUGUGGUGCUGCAAGGUGACCCAUCGGAGGAAGCUAGCAGCCUAAAGGAACUGUCCUUCCUCAGCAAAGAACAUAGUCUUGAGAAGACCCCGGCAUAUCAGGAUGAAUAUGGAGAUAUGGAGCAGAACCCUUUUCAGUUGAGCCUCAAGCAAGAAGAGAAGGAGAAUGUGAACUAUGCUGACUGGAGUUUGAUGGCGACCACUGAAAAUGACUUCAACUCUUCAGGGUUCAGCGAUGGAGACAAACAUGCUGACCUAGCAGGUCAUGAAGAAGAGAGAGGUCAUUUGGAAACUCCUGUAAGUGCAAAUGAAUCUGAAGGGAAUCCUGUCACUGAACAUCCCAGAGAGUUGCCAGAGAUUAUGAUGGACCUGAUGGAGAAAUCUGCAAAUGAAUUAGAUUUUCAACCACCUAAUGAAGCCAACAGCACCUGGCAGGAAGAGGUUUUAACAACUUCCCAUAAUCCUCCUUCUUCAGACACCCUGGGAUUUCUCUCCACCUCUGCUGCAGAAACUCGAACAUCAGACCUGAGUAAUCUUCUGCAAGACAAAACCACAUCCCUUCCCAUCAGUACUGUUGCCACCUAGCUCCCUGCCACAGAUGAAGCAUCAUUUCCCACCGCUGUCAACAAAGCAGUAAAAGAACUCGUAGUGUCGGCUGGAGAUAAUCAACAAGUAACUUUACCAGAAAAUGAAGUUGAAUUGCAUGCAUUUGUAGUUACACCAUUACUUUCAGAAUCAGCCUAUAGUUAUGAGUGGAGCUUGAUCAGUCAUCCUGAUGGCUAUGACAGUGAAAUGGAGGGCAGGCACACCCCAACCCUGAAACUUUCUCAACUGCCAGUAGGUGCCUAUGACUUCAAAGUGACUGUUUCUGCUGAAAAUGCAUUUGGAGAAGGAAUUGUAAAUGUCACUGUUCAACCAGCAGUCAGAAUAAAUCAGCCGCCUGUUGCUGUCGUCUCUCCCAAAGUGCAGGAGAUUUCUUUUCCUACCGCUUCUGUUUUCAUUGAUGGAAAUCGUAAUAUGGAUGAGACGAAAAUAGUGAGUUACCACUGGGAAGAAAUUGAAGGUCCACCCAGAGAAAAGAAGGCAUCAGCUAAUACACCAGUGUUACAUCUGUCUAACCUCAGUCCUGGCAAUUACACUUUCAGGUUAACCGUCACUGACUCUGGUGGAGCAGCUAACUCCACGGUAGCUUCUUUGAGAGUCAAUAAAAAAGUGGAUUAUCCUCCUAUUGCCAAUGCAGGGCCAAAUCAGGCAAUCAGUUUGCCUGAAAACACCAUCACAGUGAAUGGAAACCAGAGCAAUGAUGAUCACGAGAUAGUCAGCUAUAAGUGGUCCCUGAGCCCCAAAAGUAAAGGCAAAGUGGUAGCAAUGCAGGGGGUGAGGAGUCCUUAUCUCCAGUUAUCUUCAAUGCAAGAAGGCAAUUAUACUUUCCAGCUGACUGUUACCGAUUCUGCUGAACAGCAGGCUACAGCAGAAGUCACUGUGAUUGUCCAGCCGGAAAAGAAUAGCCCUCCAACAGCUGUGGCUGGCCCAGAUAAGAAGUUGAUGUUUCCUGUCCAGAGCACUAUUCUUGAUGGAAGCAUGAGCACUGAUGACUUAGGCAUUGUUUACUAUCAUUGGGAAAAUAUUAGCGGGCCAAGCUCUUUGCAAAUGGAAAAUGUCAGUAGCGCAAUAGCAACUGUCACAGGUCUGCAGGUUGGAACUUACCAUUUCAGACUGACCGUAGAAGACAUUCAAGGACUAAGUAGCACUGCCACAAUUUCUGUGACUGUUAAGGAGGAAAGUAACCAUCCACCCCAGGCUCAUGCAGGUGGCAAACAUAUCCUUGUUCUGCCCAAUAACUCUAUUGCUUUGGAUGGCUCACAAUCUACUGAUGACCAAGGAAUUGUGGCUUAUCUCUGGAUUCGGGAUGGCCAGAGCCCAGCAGCUGGAGAUGUGAUACAUGGCUCGGAUCAUGAGGCCAUUUUGCAGUUGACUAAUCUUGUAGAAGGGAGCUAUUAUUUUCACUUGAAAGUCACCGAUGGCAAAGGAGAUUCAGACAUCGACACAGCUAUUGUGGAAAUACGGCCUGAUCCUAAGAAAAAUGGACUUGUGGAACUGAUCUUGCAAGUUGGAGUUGGCCAGCUGACUGAACAACAGAAAGACACUCUUGUGCGACAGCUAGCAAUGCUACUGAAUGUCUUAGAUUCAGAUAUUAAAGUUCAGAAGAUACAUGCUCAUUCUGAUAUCAGCACAGCUGUUGUGUUCUAUGUUCAGAAUGGGCAUCCUUUUAAAGUGAUAAAGGCACUGGAUAUUGCACAGAUACUACGUUUGCAACUCUUAAAGGAGAAGCCAGACUUCCUGCUUUUUAAAGUGCUUCGUGUUGACACUGCUGCUUGCCUCUUAAAAUGCUCUGGUCAUGGACACUGUGACCCCAUCACAAAGCAUUGCAUUUGCUAUCAAAUGUGGAUGGAGAAUUUGAUAAAGCAGUACCUAAACAGUGGAGAGAGUAACUGCGAAUGGAGCAUACUUUAUGUAACGGCAUCUGCUUGCAUUUUGCUUGUGCUGAUGGCGGGGUUAGCGUGGCUCUGCAUCUGCUGUUGCAAAAGCAGAAAGAGGACUAAAACACGAAAGAAAACAAAAUACACAAUUUUGGAUAAUAUAGAUGAUCAGGAGAGAAUGGAGCUCAGGCCCAAAUACGGUGUAAAACACCGAAGUACAGAACACAAUUCCAGACUGAUGGUUUCAGAGUUUGAGUCUGACAUUGAUCAAGACACUAUCUUCAGCAGAGAGAAGACUGAAAGAGAGAACUCAAGGAACAUCAUGAAUGGUUCCAUGAAAAAUGGUGUCUCCUUCAGCUACAGCUCAAGGACAGAUAAAUGAAGAGGAUGCAAUGAAAGGAUAUGCUAAGGCUAAACUGAUCCUCAUCCCCCUUGCCCCCCAAAACCUUUAUAUUGGUGGCAGUUGGAAUGAUAAACAUCCUGAAUAUAGAAGAGGAAAUUGACACAAUGCACUCUCUUUAUUUCUUUAACAGAUAACACCUUUUAAUCCGCCACAUGGGAAAGGUGGAAGGGUUUUUAAGUCUAACUUAUUGCAGAUGGUUUCCAUAUAAAAGGUUACUACUGUUCAAGACUGUUCAUUAGGAGAAUCACAUAUGAAAGCUCCCUUAUAUUGUUUCCGAUAGAAAAUAGCAGCUAUGCAUCGACAUGGAAACACAUCAGUAUGCAAAUCUACCUUUAGUUAUUAAAAGCAGUGUAUGCAGUCUUGAUUUCCAUACACUUUUUAGUUGAAGAAACAAGAGGGUUGAUGAAAAGGUGUUUGUGAUGCCUGCUUUGGUAAGGCAGUAGAAUUGAAAUUCUUUUGUAAAAGGUCCCAAGGCAUUAUCUGAAUGCACAUGAUAGAGCAACCUUACUGCACCAAAGUAGGUUAGUAUUCAGAUGGGAGGCUGCCUGCCUAGCAAGGACAAUUUUAUUGAAGCAAAAAAGGAUUUCAAUAAAAUAUGAAGUUCCCCUAAGCCUAGAUAUACCUUCCUCAUGUGUGUGGAUGGUAUCAUUUUGGCUCCAUAAGGAUCUACACUCAGAGAAUUAAAUUGGCUUUUAGUGUUAUAUGAUGAUGGAACAUGCAAUGUGCCACCAAUUUGAUCCUGUUUUGCAUUUUUACUGAAGUCAGGCUUGCAGAAUCAUUUCAUAUCUUUGAAAACUGCAGCUUUUAUGGGUACACAGAUUUA